AUGGAGGCCUUCCGAGAGACUCUAGAAGAGUGUCAGUUAGAAGAUGUGGGAUAUUCAGGGGCUUGGUUUACAUGGGAAAAAGGAAAUUUUCCAAAAACAAAUAUUAAGGAAAGACUUGAUAGGGGAGUUGCAAAUGACAGAUGGUGGCAUCUUUUUCCAAUAGGUAACAUUAAACAUUUACCCCAUUCUAUGUCUGAUCACUGUCCACUUCUUCUAAAUACAAAUAGUGGAAACAUUUAUGCGGGAAACCUAAGUUUUAAAUUUGAGGCGUGGUGGAUCAUGGAGGAAACAUUUGAGGAAAAAAUUAAAGCAUCAUGGGGAUCAAAGACAAAUACAAUAGUGGAGAAACUUGAAAGAUUACAAUCUGAUUUAACGGCAUGGGCGAGAUCAAUUAAAAAAGGGCAAGAGAGAUUAAAGAAAAUGCUCACAAAGGAACUUGAGAUGCUGAUGGAGGAAGAAAUAGAUGAUGAUACGAUAGAAAAAAUUAUUAAUACCAAGAUUUACCUUAAUAUAGAAACUGAUAAGGAUGAACUCUACUGGGAGUAG